CGAGGGUGCGCUGUUCACACAAACACAGUAAAUCGCGCUCGCUCCAGAAUUAAACAGUAAACUGAUAACUGCUGAGUUUAGCUGGAUAUUUGUGACACGGUGACGUCACACAGCGGUUGAACCUCGUGUUGGAGCUCGGCUCGCGGUGGCGCUGAUGAAGGUGUGUUGGUUCGCUCCGAGGAAAGAUGGCGGCGAGCGGAUCGUGAUCAGAUUAUCAUCGCCCUGCUCUUAAAUCUCCGCUUCUCCGUGAUUAACGGCGUGAGUUCGGUUCGUGACCGCGUGUGUGUGUCGUGAUCUGCGAGGGAUGUCGGACUCUGAGGAGGAGAUCCAGGAGCGGCAGCUGAAGAUCGUGCUGCUGGGAGACGGAGCAUCCGGGAAGACUUCUCUGGCCAUCCGAUUUGCACAAGAGGCUUUUGGGAAACAGUAUAAACAAACAAUAGGACUGGACUUCUUCCUCAAGAGAAUCACCCUGCCAGGAAACCUGAACGUGACGCUGCAGGUGUGGGACAUCGGAGGACAGACGAUUGGAGGAAAGAUGCUCGACAAGUACAUCUACGGAGCACAGGGCGUGCUCCUGGUCUAUGACAUCACUAAUUCUCAGAGCUUUGAGAAUCUUGAAGAUUGGCUGAACAUGGUGAGAAAAGCCAACGAAGAGUCUGACACACAGCCGGCGAUAUCACUGAUCGGGAACAAGAUUGAUCUGGAGCACAUGCGGACAGUGAAGAUGGAGAAACAUCAGCGAUUCUGUCAGGAAAAUGGACUGGUCAGUCAGUUUGUGUCUGCGAAGACGGGAGACUCUGUGUUUCUGUGUUUCCAGAGGCUGGCAGCUGAGAUUUUAGGCAUAAAGCUGAAUAAGGCUGAGAUGGAGCAGUCACAGCGUAUUGUCAAAGCGGAGUUGGUGGACUAUCCUCAGGAUGAGGGACCAAUCAGACAAGAGACCAAUCAGAGCAAAAUCUGCUCUGUCCAAUAACAGUCUGACACGUGGUCAAAGCAGACAUCGUGAACUACAGUCAGGAGUCUGUGGCUCGAACCGUCAACCCUCCGCGCAGCUCCAUGUGCAUCAUACAGUGAUCAUCGUCUCCGUCUCGCUCGCGUCUGAUGCAGACGGACUCUGAACUCAUGGACACACAUUCUGCUUCAUACUGUCCUCCCUCGUUCAUUUGCCAAGUAGACAUGCUGUGUUAUGUACAGUCUUUAAUGUGUGCAAGUACCAGAGCUUCACCCAGUAACAUCUGCUCGAGACCGACGGAUGCCGGGUCAUUCUAGAGAGCUGCGGUGCGUGUAAAUGCUGCUGGAGUUCAUUUAGCUGAGAACGAGCCGAGAUCUCACAUCUGCGGGAGAAUUCGCUCACACUGUGUGUGUGUGUGUGUGUGUGUUAGGAGAGAAAGUACACAACCAGUCAAAUGUUCUUGAACAGUUAGAUUUUUUUUUUUUUAAGAAUUCUCUUCUGCUCACCGAGCAUGCAUUUAUUUGAUCCAAAGUACAGCAAAAAUAGUAAUAUAGUGAAAUAUUAUUACAGUUUAAAUCAGAUUUACUGCUCAAGAAACAGUUCUGAUUAUUAUUCAUAGAACUAAUUAAAACAUGUUUAUUCAGUAUCCAAAGAUCAGUAUUUAUCUGAAAAAAAAAGUUUUUUUAACAUAAUUUUACACCUUUACAAAUUACAGAAAUGUAUACUUAAAUUAAUCAAAAUAAUGAUAAAGAAAUUAAUAACGUUUCAAAGGAUUUCUAUUUUAGAGAAAUGCUGUUCUUUUCAUUAAAAAACCCUGAAAUAAAUCUACUCUGUUGUUUUCAAAAUCUUCAUGUUUCUUGAGCAGUAAAUGAUCAUAUUAUUCUGAUUUCUGAAGAUCAUGUGACACUGAAGACUGGAGGAAUGAUGCUGAAAAUACAGCGGAGCAUCACAGAAAUACAUUACACUUUAACACAGAUUCACAGAACAAAACAAAAAAUGCUUGGUGAGCAGAAGAGAAACCUUAAAAAAUACAAAAAAACGGUUCAAAAACUUUUUAUAGAACUAAAUAUCAAUUUUAUAGAAAUAAUGACUUGUUUUACAACGUAUUUCCCCCUUUUUAUGCUUAAAAUUUGAUCAAAUCCGGAGGGAGUCUCUCGACUGCUUGUUCAUGACUGAUAUUAGACGUUUAUGAGCAUCAUAUUGGAGCCGUGAUCUGCAGUAAAGCAGGAGUCACACAGAGACGUCUUGUGUAGAGUGUUUGCAGACGGCCUGUUAACUCUGUUUGAGUGAUUUGUUGGUUUGUGUGAGCGUGAGUGUUUUCAUUUCCACAUGAUCCUCUACUUAGAGAAGUUUCAUUGUAUGAUCUCUGAAUAUUGGCUGUAUUUGUAAACUCAGGCCUGUCCAGGUGUUGUAGAGCGCUGUAGUUUAGGAAUAAAUGUCACGACACACGUUGA